GUCUGCAGAGCUCCCUGGCAAUGCUGGCUCGCUGGAUUCUCUUGUGGAGAAGUUUGGGGUCUCGUUUGUUUUUCUUUUGCCUUUGCCAGCCAACACACAAUCAAUGAUGGGUCCCUGGCAUAUGCCAGUGUGGGUCUGCCUUUCACUGGGAGGGUCUUCGUGGUCAUGUACUGUAGCGGCUUCUUCUUUUAGUAACUGGGGAGACCACAGACUAGGAGGGGUUUGAUUAGAAUCAUUCCAUGUGGGCUGUGAGAUGGCGUCGGCCCUCUGUUGGGACUCCAUUGUGUUGCUUUGGCACUCCGUUUAUUUGAAAUGAUCACCAAGCUGGUUAGCGGGUUGGGCUCCGUGGACCCUCACACCGUCCUGUUCAUGGGUGGGGGCUUCUGUUGUUCUUGGAGUAUCAGAUGAACCCGAGGGGCUUCUGGUUUGAUCACAUGGGUGCACUAGACGUGCAGCUUUUUAAAAUCCUGUGCCUGUUGAUCUCGUGUUUAUUAUUUUUAUUUUUUUGCCAUUUUAACGAAGGCCUGGCUCACUGUUGCCGCUGGCCCUCAGUUUUCUUUUCAGUCUUGACUGACGAACUCGGCCCCCUUUCUGGGUGUUUUUUGAACAUCACGUCUGUCACUUUGUUUGUCCAAUAUGUGAAGGUGUGCAGCGGGGGGCACAGAUCCUCAAGACUUACGUGAAGUACGCUUACAAGCCCCCCAGUCUGCUCUGUGUCUGCAGGGUGUGUGUUUAGACAGUCCAGCCAUCACUCCGGCCUGCCACUUCAUGAAGAAACCAGAAGAAAGACAGUGGUGGGUGGCACCAUUUGCAGGUGGCACUCGUAAGCAAAACUCGACACGCGAGGGGCACAGCAGCUGGUCACUCGGAGUACGUCUGAGCUUUAAGCUACGGUGGAAAAGGGAGAGCCCCCCGACUGGUGGGUCAGUCUACAACAAGUGAAGUGGGCACCUCGAUGGGUAGUCGGUGGUGGUCUUCGUGUCACACGUGAGAAGGUCCAUGCUCUUCCAGAGGCAGGUUUCAAUGUUCUGCUCCCUGCGCAGUUUUAUCUUCAUCACCAGGCUGUGGUGGUCUGUAGUCCAGUCCUGUAGGUGGGCUUCAUCACGGGUGGUGUUCAGUUAACUACCUCUGCCUGCUGGUGGGCACUGAGCUAAGUGUGGCCAGCGCCGUGUGUUGUUGAGGUGGCACAUCUGCCCGUGUGUGGAGCUCAGGAUGUCCAACGAGACCCCAGUCUGAGUCUACAAUUGAUCUGUCAGGUUUACUUUGUGCCAAAUUGGUUUAAUGGUCCGUAAACGAAGGGCGUCGCAUUCUCUGCUUCAGGGGGCUCGGGAUUGUAGGGUCUGGAGAGCAGGACCAGAGCCACCUUUGGAUGACAGACCGGCUGUGCCUUGUUUGGCCCGGGGGGCCGUUCAUCUUUAUAAAAUCUUAACAAGACGACGAGACGAGAGAGCCGCCUCAGUGAGGCCUGUUGACCCGCGCUGGCCCGCCUUGUGUCACACACGGGAUGUGCAGCGUUGUGCACUGCGGCCCACCGUGGGGGUCUUCCUUCUCUGCCACCUUGAAGGAGUUCUCCAUAUCCGUGUUGUUUCUUCACAAACGCGGCUUAUUUGCAUUUGUCCUGUGAAAUUGUGUGUUAAAGUUGACCAUUUUGUCUAAAUUUUAAAAAGUGCAGCACCAGCCCGGCCUUUUCCAUUGAGCCCCAUGAGGCUCGGAUCAUCUAAACGUUCACAGACAGGCCGAGUCGGAGGUCGAGUGUUGAUCUGCGUCUUUGAUGACACGCAUUGUAAAGUACGGUUUGUGUUGUCUUUGAAGAGACUCAGCCGUCUUAAAAAGAAGAGCAGCUGCAGCAGGUGGUGUGUCCAGCAGGAGGCGCCCACUCCCUGUAGAGAUGAACCCGUGACUACGCCUGUCAGUGGACGUCACGCCAUGUGCUGUAAUCUCCAGGCUGAAGAGGAGCCACACGUAUUCGAUAAGCCGAAGUGCCAGGUCUGGGUGGUACGUUGGUCGAUGUGGGCUGUGCUCUUCUCGUCCUCCAGGCCCCAAGUCUCAAUGAUCCGCCCGUCCUGCUUCAGCUCUGGUCUUCCUCGCCGCGCUCCCUCAGCGUUGGUCUUCUCUGGCCGUGACCUUUCACCCCACCUCUCAGAAGACCAAAUCCCAGUGAGCUGCUCCCACCGCCGCGUUGGUUUUGUUUUGAUUCACACAAGCGAACAGAAAACGUGUUGUCACCUCGAGAAAAAGAGGACCGGGAAUGUGCGAUAAAACAUACGGUGGAAAUACGGAAGGCAUUUAUUCUUUUGUCAAAAUUCAUAAAGGACACUUUUCUAAGGUUUUGUGCGUUUAUUUCCAUUUGGAGCCCCGCGCCCCUUAUGCUUCGUUGUGAACCACCAGGACUUAAAAUUUAGAGAAAAUGUUUACCUGUAAAACGCACUUUUGUGUGGCAAAUGCAUGAACACCGUAUUUGUGAAGAAGUAACUUGCUGGCCAAGUCGGUGGGCAGCCCCCCCAAAAGAAGUGUACUGGUGACCAAAGCUGAGUCAACUCGGCCCUCUGUGUUAGAAGGCUCAGUCUAUUGAUGUGGACCCCCAAGUAGCGACGAGACACCACCCUAAGGUGCUUUACAAAUCAGCAAGAAUGUGCCAGCGCAGGGCACAAGGCAGGAACCGUCCCAGUCCAUCGCAGGGCAGACUCGCACAAGGGCCAGUGCACCCACCUAAUCUGCCUGGCCUUGGACCCCCGGGGGCUGCAAACUGGAAGCUCACAUGGACGUGGGGAGGACCCCCCUUUGUGUGAGCCGCCCACCAAAUGCAGCUCUCUGCCUCGUGCAGUUUGACCUCCAUGUAGCCACUAGAGGGCAGCAGACCGUUGCAGUUUGCCUCAUUGGCAGCUGAGAUGGCUUCUCAUUGGCGAAGUGGGGGCUCCCGAGAUGAAAGCAGACAUGGAGACCCUCGGCCCCCACUGUAUGCACAUCCAUUGACUUGUCCAGGAGAUGUAAGGACGAGGAUGGAAGCAGGCGAAGGUCCCACUGCUCAGUGUGUGUGACUUGACCUGAACUCUCGUCAGUGCUUUCUGACUCCUUUUGCUCUGCACAGCUGAAGUGCCAGGAUGUGAUGCAGCAGCGAGUGGACGGCACAGGGCGCCUGUAGAAGUUGGUCAGUGCAGUUGCAGACAUGCAGAACCCUUAAGGAGGUUAGGACAUCGAUGAGCCACCUUAACGUUUGAAAAGCUGAAAGCUGCCAACCUUCUCCAGUGAAGAUGGACCUCACAGCUCCUUGGCUUUGCUAGCAUUCAUGAACAGUUUCCAUCCUGGCAGCUCCUCUCUGAGAGCUGCCCGCUUGGUGCUGAUCCAGACCCACUAAACUGUCUUGACAAUUGCUGUGGAGGAGGUGAUGCCACCCAGAUCUACCCACUUGGAGUUCCAAAAUCCAUUUACAGUGGGUGGCACCGAUUCUAGGAGGUUGGCAACUUUCUUUUGUCUUUAGGCAGGACGGUGGCAGAGGAGGUUUUAUUGUGCAGGUGUGCCAAGUGAGGUGGGGGUCCAACUUGCACCAGUUGUAAAGACUGGUCAGAACAAGCCCAGUUAGAAAUGAUUAAAACAUGGUUGGGGAUACACAGAGUGGUGACUGGGCCAGAAACUGAACCCAAGAAGCAGGCGUCCUGACAGUGCAGGGCAAGAGGACAGAGUGGCGCCCGGCUGGACAUCUGGACUUUGUCAUUCUGCUGCAAUUAAAUCACUAAUGAAAUGCAGACUUGCGCCAGUGUCAUGGCGCUGGGCAUGGUGGGCUCCUCCUGGAGGUUCAUCUUCAUUUGGCCACAUUCUACUUUCACUGAUCCUCCUUCCUUUCACAACUCCAUUCUUCACAGGGCGUCUGCUAGUUGUUUUGUGCUUCUUCUGCUGUGCCAGGCGUGACGCGUGAGCCCCCCGAGAGCUCCUCCCUGCACACGAGUUUAGGCCCCACCCCGCCUACCAGGCUUGGCUUCCCACCUGCGCCAGUUAGACUUCAGUGAGCACAGCACAGGGCACAGCAGGAGGAGACUCAGGUGAUCUUCAGUUCUUGAUGAGCGGUGUAUUGCUGACCUGAGUGCCUGCUUUUCUCGUUUCUCUGGUGAGGUGUGGCAGUGGUAGCCGAACUGAGGAGACAAGUGGAGAAAUCUGAGCAACGCCGACAUCACAGCCAGGAGGAAACAUUGAGAGGAGAAGAUGAGUUGCUUCAGGUUCCUCAAGGGAAUGAUGUUCAUCUUCAAUGGCAUCAUAUUUGUGGCUGGCAUCAUCAUUCUGGCCAUUGGAGUGUGGGUGAAAGUGGACAGCAGCUCAUUCCUCAAAAUCCUAACUAUCAUAAAAGUCGGGGGCCUGAGCCAGAUUAUCAAUGUCGGCUACCUCUGCAUUGCCCUGGGCCUUUUCCUGAUGAUUGUGGGCUUUCUGGGAUGCUGGGGAGCUCUGAAGGAAAACAAGGCUCUGCUCAUGCUGUUCUUCGUCAUUGUCCUUUUGAUCUUUAUAGUGGAGGUCACUGGAGGCGUGGUGGUGCUGGCCUUCUCGUCUUUGGCUGAGGUUCUUGUGGAGGGAAUUGGGGUGGAAGCCAAAAAGAGCAUUAAAAUUGACUACGGCAAAAAUGCAGAUAUCACGAAAGUCUGGGACUCCUUAAUGACAGAGCUGAAGUGCUGUGGAUUUGCGAAUUACGAUGACUUCACUGACAGCCCUUUCUACGUCAGUACCAAGAACUAUCCCCCUGUUUGCUGCUCUAACUCAACCAGCUGCAUUCAGGCCGAUGCUAUGUUAUCGAAAAUUAGUGGCUGCUACCUGUCCCUCCUGAGGUUCUUAAAAGACCAUGCGAUGGUGCUGGGCGGAGUGGCCAUGGGCAUCGCUGGACUGGAGCUGGCUGCUCUGGUGGUGUCAAUGGUGCUCUUCUGUAAAAUUACUCCCAGAUGAGUGGCACAAUACGCCUGAGGAAAACAGAAAAAAACAAUCGUGUGCUUUUAGAUGUCUGUUAGAAAAACUACAAAGGUUAACAUCUAUCAGUCCUAUGCCUUUGUAGGCAUCCAUUAAUAUUCCUUGAUUUUACCAUCCGUUAGUUUCUAAUUAGAGAAAUUAUGGAAAGCUAAAUUAAAUCUAUAUUUUUAUAUCUUAUGAAGUUAAAGAAAACGUUCCGUUUUAUGGAUUGUGAAUAAAAAGUGCGUUGGAGUCGAACAGAUUGAAAAGAAUUCAUGUAAACAUUGCCAAGUAGUGCUGACUUCAGAUGAUGAAUCAGGGCCUAGCUUUAUCCUCCACAAGGUCUCCCUACACCCAACAAAGUGGUCCCAUGGAACGCUACCUUCUGUAUCCCCCAUGAGACACAACCUUUGAAUGUUCUCUGCAUUAUCACCACCCUAACCCCACCAAGAUCCAAGUAUGGUCACCCAAUUUGAAAUGGUUUAGGCAACUUGAGGUGACUCUGGAAUGAUCAUCACUAUGAACCCCUUUGAGAUGCAACAAUAGGAUGCUUUUGGAAACCCACUUUCUAACCAUCUUAAUGAUUUGGCUGUACAAUGUAUUGUGUCGUUUGCGCCAACAUUUGACAUUUCAACUGUGAAAUGUUCUGUGCAACGUGACCAACAAGCACCCAUGAGAUGCCAGCUUUGAAAUGGUCCAUGAGGUAUGGUUAUCCCACCACCAAACCGUUCAACCUUGCAAUGCUUCUUUGCAACUUGCUCACUCAAAUGUUUCAAUGGAAUAAAUCAGUGGAAAGUACGAUCAUCCUGCCACCAUGGGGUGUAACUUUGGAAUGUUAUAUAAAGCAUCAACACCGAGCCUACUGAGAUUCCCCUUCAGAAUGGUUUCAUUGGAUUAGUCCAUGUUUCAGUGGAAUAAUCCAAUAAAAACAGGAUCACCCUGCCACCAUAUGGUGUAACCUUGGAAUACUAGCAUGAUCCCACGGAGAUUCCGCUUUGGGAUGGAACUCUAGGCAUCCUUCAACCAUGGGAUUCAGUCUUGAAAUGUUCUAUGUAAGGAAUUUACAGAGGUGAUACCUUAAACUGUUCAAGGCCUUCUUUUAUUUAGCCAUCAUGAGAUGCAGUUUUGGAAUGCUGCUAUGCAAACUGAUUGCCACAGACAUAAUGAGAUGCAACGUAGAACAGUGUAUCCCAUUAAGGGACAACCUUGCUGUUCUUCAUGGAACAUGAUGACCUUAAACCUGCCGAGAUCCAACAAUGGAACGAUUCAGUAAAAGUAUGAUGAACCUGCCAUCAAGAGUCUUCAAUGAGAUCACAACAAACCCAUAGAGAAUGUUCUAUGUAGCUCAGUGCUGCCAUGAGCUUCACCCUUCGUAUGUUCCAUGCAACAAGGUUGACCUACACCCAUUAAUGCACAGGAAUGUUCCAUGAAAAUUUGGAUCAACUUUAAAAUGUUUUGUGUGGUGUUUUAAUCCCACAUUUGGCAAGAUGCAUCAUUCAACAUACUGUAUGGUCACCUCUCAACCAACAAUAUGAAACCCUACUAUGGCAUGCUCAUCCCAACCCUGUCAUGAAGCAUGUUACCACCUAAAACGAGACGUGCCAACCUUUCAGCAUCUCAGACCCUAUUAAACCAAAUCCUAAGAAAGUUCACUCGUCGUCAUCAACCUCAGAACGUUCCAUAAAGAUUUUGAUUGGCACAUCCACCCCUGCUCUUGCUGAAACAAUCCUGCAAGUCCCCAUGCAAGUUAUGCUCACCACCUUCCUCCUAGAUUUGACUUUACGAAAUUAUUAAAAUAUCAUGUCUAAUUCAUAUCAUCACAGCCUUAGACUUUUCCAAGCCACCAAGCUCCAUUUAGAUGUGAAUUUAAAUUUAAAUCUUAAACACCACCCUUGCCCUGCGGUGGGUUGGUGCCCUGCCCGGGGUUUGUU